CUGGUCCCCUUCCCGCUCCUUCCUGCCCUUUAUCAGGCCACUGCUUCCCCUCUCUCCAAUCCUCCUCUUCUCCUCUUUUCUCCUCUUCCUUUCACCUCACAACCCAUUGACUCUUCCUUCAAUCUUCCAUCUACAACUUCAUCAACUGCUUUUGGAUCCGUAUUGAUCCCAACACCACCAACCAGCCACCGCCAUGUCUGAACCUCUCACCAAGGUCGAUUCCGCCGUUCAAGGCCUGUCAUCAUCGCCGCCCAAAGAGAAGGGCCAUAGGAGAACAAGCUCUAGUGCGGCUGGUGUCAUGACCAUUGCGGAAAUCAACGAAAGCAAUGCGCCCCUGGAGCUGGCUGUGGAGACGCAGCAGACUGCCUGGAAAAUAAAUCAGCGGCCAAAGGACCUGGACAAUGAUCAGCUGCUACAGAUUCCUCUGACGAAGCCUCCGCUCAAGAGCAUAACGCUCAAGUUCCCCCAUGGCAAAGAGGUCGUGGCUCGCAACAUGAAGGGCCUGACAAUAGGCGACGCACUGUCGGCCAUUCACAAGGCGAACAAGAACCGAGCGGAUGACGAGCUUGACAACCCAUAUCUCAAGGGCUUCGCAUGGGAACGAGGCGAGAACUACUUUGAAGUACAUCUGCAGAGCCAGCCGGCGACGGGCUCGUCAAGCGGCGGCGGCGGCGGCAAGAAGAAGAAGAAGAACAAGGAUGCGGACGAGUAAUGACGCACCUACCCAUCCCUAAUGUCUGUUCCAAUAGUUCCUUCAACUGUUUUUGUUUGGCUUCGCGGUUCGGUGCGAGUCGGCGCCCGGGAUAUUGCAACUAGAUGUUGUUGGUCGGGGCAUAUUGCGAGUGCUGGAAGCAUCGCCAAUGUACUGAAUUAGUCUCGGAAACGGAGUGCUCUGCGCUCUUAAUGUAUAACU